AUGGACAAGAAUGACUUAAGCCCUCUUACAAUAGCAGAUCGUGUUGCUGAAAAAGCCAUGUGUUCUAUUUUUUCUGAACACUUCUCGACACAUGCAAUAUAUGGGGCGGAGAUUGAAUGGACUUGCAAUGGAGACAAUGCAAAAUAUAUUUGGGUUUUAGAUCUCAUCGAUGGCUCAAAAAGCUUUAUCACAGGGAAGCCUUUAUUUGGGACACUUAUAGCUCUUGUUCACAAAAGAAUUCCGAUUCUUGGAAUUAUUGAUCAGCCCAUUUUACAUGGAAGAGGGAUUGGGAAGAGCUUAUUCGAGCUAGGUAUUUUGGAUGAAUUAUCUAUAUCUAAACAAGAAGGUGAAGUUUCGCCUCUAAUUGCACUAGCUCAUUCUGAUGUUGAUGAUAUGCUUGCCACAACAACUAGCAUAGAGUGGAAUCUAAUAGUCAAUGCUUGUACUGCCUAG